ACUUGGCAGAUGGAUCUCCCUGUGAGCACCGUAUACGUAGAAAUGUCAUGGGGUUGAGCAAGAAAGAAAGACUACGAUACAUCAAUGCAAUAAAAACUUUAUCAACGCAUCCUCGUUACCAAAGGGAAUAUUACGAUUUGCUAGAAACUCACGGGUAUCAUUUUUGCAAAGCACUACAUUGUAGCGUAUUUUUUCUACCUUGGCACCGUUGGUUUAUUCUACGUUAUGAAAAUCUUCUGAGGAAAAUCGAUCCUGACAUUACUUUAGUUUACUGGGAUUGGAGCAUGGUGAUGGGAACCCCUUGGGAUAUAAAUCUUUGGGAUGACAAUGAUUACUCUUUUGGGGGAAAUGGAAAUCCCACGUUUAAUCAUGUAGUGGACACUGGCCCGUUUAAACAACCUGAAUGGAAAAUGGUUCCUGGAUCGGGGCCAGAUUCCACCUUGAAAGUGACACGAUACUUCAAUUAUACAAGACCUGAUAUUGCGAGCGCUCUUCAUCUUGCAAUUUUGUUCAAAUUAAAACCUAGCAAUUUUAUGGAAUGGAUGACUGUCUACCAAUGUUGGCACAAUAAUGUGCACUGCUCUGGUUUUGGAUGGCGCAGUACAAUGUGUAAUACAAAGGCAGCUUGGGCGCCAGAGUUCUUUCUGCAUCAUACGUACUUCGAUAAGUACUGGUCUGAGUGGCAGGAACAAGGAGAUGAUUAUAGAUUCAGUCAGUACUGGAUGAAUCAGACGCGGUUUAUGCAGGCAACAGAUUACUUACCAAGGGAUGUUUUAGAUCUAAAAUACCAAGAAGGGAAUGUAUGUGUAUCAUAUGAAGAAUCUUCAGAUGAUUGGAUACACAAAAAGCUCAGAA